AUUGGGUUUUUCACCUACCUCGAACACGAGUCAAAAUCAUGUCCCUAAGUUCGCAACAUGCGAAUCUCACCCAUAGGCCUUCCUCCCUGUCCAGAUCCCAAGACACCCCACCCUCAUCUGCUAACAUACCUAGUUCCACUUCCACUAUACCAUCUACCUUUGAAUUCACCAAGCGCAAACGCUGGGCAGAUCUUCUGAUACACGAAUUGUCAGAGGCAAUCAUCUUUGUGCUCUCCAGCGAGUCAAAGAUCUUAUUUUGCUCAAGGGCCGUCUCAGAAUUACUGGGUUGGCGAGAUACAGAGCUUAUUGACAAGGAUAUCCUCGACUUUGUCAACGGCGAAGAUAAGCAUGCUUUCCGUGUGUCAUUUGAACAAUCACUACGCUUGCGCAUGGAAAUGUUAUCCUAUGUUCGGUUCAAGUGUCAAAGCGAGUAUACUUCUCCUGCCAAAGAGGUUCUCUUUGAAGUGAAGGGUUACCCUCACUACAUCGAUGAUGAACAAUACCCGCGGUGCUUUUUCGCGGUGGCAAAACCAUAUCCGAGUCGGAACACAGCAAUGUUAAACACAUUCCUCGAGCUCAAGAUUGAAAAUGAACGGUUACAACAGCGCCUCGCCGAUCUCAGAGUUCGGAUACCGCCAUCUUCUAUUGCUCAAACUGGUCAAUCGAUGGCUUCCAUGUAUUCUACACCUUCCAGUUCUCGUGGGCCUGUCUCAAUGGUGACCCACCGCCCUGUGGGCGAUUUACCCACCACGUGUUAUGCGACCCAUCAGACGAGCACGUCUUAUGAUGAUUUGGUGACACAAACAAAUCAUCAUCAACCACGGGGAUUUACUGAUUCUCCGAACGUGUACACAUACGGUAGCUAUACUCAUCAUGAUGAUGCCGGUCAACAAGCGCAACAGCCGAUAGAAGACAAUUAUGGCGACGAUGCUGCCAGAAGGAAAAGAAUCCGCAAGAUGCACGCCGCAGAGCAGUACGUAUGCGUUACUUGUGGGCGUACAGAUUCCCCAGAAUGGCGCAAGGGCCCACAAGGGCCAAAAACCCUUUGCAAUGCCUGUGGUUUGCGAUGGGCAAAACAAGUACGCACCAGACAGGAUGAAGAACAGCCUAGCGCUGGACCUAGCACCUGAAUUCUAUUCGGCACGCCGCACCUGUCAGCGUACCGCCUUUCACGGACAUAUUUUCCCUUCAGUUGAUGUGAAGGGCCAGGCUGUUUUAUGGCAUGCGGUCAUCUUGUGAAUGAAUGAUAAUCGCUGAGCUGUUGGACCACUUUAUGGUACCAGUUUUCUUGCAUAGAACACUUAUAUACACGAUACGUAAUAUGUAUAUUAGAUGUUGCACUCUUCAACCGACCCUUGGGGAUAUGGCUGUGUCUGAACC